GGCGCGGUCGGCCCCUUCUGCCGCCCUUUCAAACAUGGCGGCUCCGCUGGGCGGCAUGUUCUCCGGGCAGCCGCCGGGCGCCCCGCAGCCCCCGCCGGGGCUCCCAGGCCAGGCUUCCCUUCUUCACGCCGCCACAGGCGCCCCUCGCACUUCCAACAGUACGCUGGUGGACGAGCUGGAAUCUUCUUUUGAGGCUUGCUUUGCUUCCCUUGUGAGCCAGGACUACGUGAAUGGCACAGAUCAGGAAGAGAUUCGAACAGGUGUUGAUCAGUGUAUCCAGAAGUUCUUGGAUAUUGCCAGACAGACAGAGUGUUUCUUCCUACAGAAAAGAUUGCAGCUCUCUGUGCAGAAACCGGAGCAGGUCAUCAAAGAGGACGUGUCCGAGCUGAAGAACGAGCUGCAGCGGAAGGACGCCCUGGUGCAGAAGCACCUCGCCAAGCUGCGGCACUGGCAGCAGGUGCUGGAGGAGGUGGGCGUGCAGCAGCGGCAGCCCCCCGACGCCCCGCAGGGCUCCCUGGCCUACCUGGAGCAGGCUUCGGCCAACAUCCCGGCGCCCAUGAAGCCGAGCUGACGCCUCUCCCCGUCCCUAUGCGCUGUUCUCCUGUAGUUCUGUGAAUACUGUAGCGAAUGGCAUUAGCGUUGGCAGACAAGCGCGUGCACCACCCCGUUAUUUGUGUCUGUUCUUUGGCCAACUGUCGGUGUUCGUUUUGGUGGGGGGGGUGGGGGAGGGUCAGUUUUGUACGCCCUGUCACAUUUCCCCGUUUGUAGUCGGUGUGUCGGUCAGUCUGAGCUGACCUGUGAAUCGGCCGCCUGCGCCGCGGGGCGGGGGUACCCCGCCCUGGAACUUCUACCUCAAGAAAGAGGAAUCUAAUGGUGCCGUGUCUGGCGCUCUCGGAGCCCGGGCUGAGCAUCCGUUCUCCCAGCUUAGUGUAGCAGUGUCGCAGUGGGUCCCUCUCGGACACGCCCCUACUGGGGGGCUCGGUGUCCGCUGUCGUGUUGCUUUCCUGCUUCCGCCUGGCUGUGUAGUCUAGAAGCCGCCAUCUGCCCGCAGCGCUGGCUGUGGGCCCGUGAGUUGUGCUGCCUUGUUUUGCCCUGGUAAGUAAGAUUCUUGUUAAUGGGGUGGGCGUGGGGGGUCCAUUCCCAGGGCCCCUCACGACGUGUCUGGUUCUCCGUGGGUGAGAUCUUCCUCGCUGAUCGUCUCGUCUUCUGGGUUCCAGCCUUGUGCCCACAUGUGAGCCCCAGUGUCUUUUGGGGUGCUUGCUUUGUGUGCCCCCACCGCCGACCGCCCCUCCCCGCACUCACCCACCCCUCCCGUGGAUGCCACGAAACUUGGGAGCCCUCCGGGCACCGCCGGGACACAGGCUGCACGUCUCUCCCGCCAGCCUUGUGUGGCUCACCGGCGUGGCUGGGGGCUCAGCCCUGCCCUCUCGGUGGGAACGUAGUUCCCCUCCACCUGCAGGGUCUGCGUACUUAUCUUUCACCCGAGGCGCUAUUUUUGUUUUGUAUGCAUGUGUGUGUGGCAUAUUGUCUGUGGGCAACAAAUGCCAUCAGAUUGUGUGUUUCAAGCAUUUAAAACUGUUUUUAGUCACAUGCUUUCAAGGUUCAGCCGCUUUAGAUUUCUGUACUAAACCCUACAGCAACUGAUGUGAGGCAAUCUUUCAAUAAUAAAGGAUUACUCAACCAAAAGAA